ACAACCACCACCAACAGACCGAAGUCCCUCAGGGCGCGGAGUCUAAGUCCCAGGCUGCCCUUCACCAGGGCCCCUGAUGGUGGGGAUGGACGUGAUGCAGCCAGGAACCAGGUCACGGCCCCCGAGACACCCCGGCUGCGGUAAUGGCCGCCGCCAAUGGCGUGUAACUGGCAGGCAGGCUGGGUCGACAACAACGGGACAAAACGGUACAGAACAGUAGACAGAGAAUCACAGGUCACGGGCCGGAUUCAGCAACGGAAGGUCAGAUCGAAGGAAAACACAGAGAGUGGUCUAGUCACAAGCUAAGUCAGAUACCAGA